GGACAGUACUUUCAUUGGCGGCUUGGCCAUCAUCCAUAUAGUUUGUUGUCAUUUGCAGUGCUCUUACCAAAACUACACGUUAUACUGUUAGCGCUGUACAAAUUUGAAACACGUCAAGAGAACGUAAAUGUUGGUUUGCGCCUUCAGGUCGUUAUAAUUAAUUGUACUCAGUUUUAUAUCAUCUGUAAGCGCUGGGUCUUACUCGUAUAUGUUUUAUGGGCGAAUAAUUAACCUGAAGUAGCCUUUCUGGAAAAUUGUGAGCGAAAAAAAAAAUUAAAUCGCAAAACAAAACCACAGAUGAUGAUGAACGGAAACAACGCCCAAACAUCACCCGCCGACGAUGUCUCCGUAGAGUUAGGGAUGGUUAGCAACGAAGGCGUGAUGUUCGAUAAGAAACAUUCGCGUAUUCACCUCGUUUCGUCUUGGUGGUUGGCGUUGUCUCGCAGUGCCCCGGAAGGAAUAGGUGUGCCAGGAAUCAAGUACAUCCUCGUGUCAAGGGAGAGUCGGUGCAGAAGGAUGGGCUGGUUAUGCAUCCUAACGUUAGCCUUGACAGCAUUCAUAUCCUUAACCGCCGAGAGGGCUAUUUACUACUCCACCUUCCCUCUCUCGGUGGACAUUAGCUCAAACGUGACAGCAGAUGGGCUAACUUUUCCCAAAGUUAUCAUCUGUAACUUUAAUUCGUUUGUAAAAUCAAAAACUCAGGCCCGACCAGCGAUGGACAAAUUGUUGAGGAUUUACGAGAACACACACUACAAUUCCAAUGAGACUAUUCUUUUGACACAAGAGGAGUUGACGCAUCUAAGGAACGUCAAUACGACACAGAUGUUCGAAGAAUUGAAACAUCAAAAGGAGGAUAUGUUUAUCAGGGUGGUAUUUGCUGGUGUGCCGGUGAGCUUGGAUGACAUCAUACCAGUGGCCACCACCUUCGGGCGUUGCUAUCAGAUUAACGACGGUCAAAAUGGAAGACAACUCCUCAACUCUUCAGUUGCCGGAGUGUCAUUUGGACUGAGUCUGAUCCUAAACACCGAGCAAGAUGAGUAUUACUACAACACGUACUUGAAAGACUCAGCGGGAUUCUCGAUUCAACUUCUGGACCAAGAUGAAACCAGUGACCUGCACGUACGAGGGUUUCAGGUGGGCCCAGGCACGUCGGCUGAUGUUUCAAUUACCGCCAAACAGCAAAACUAUGCGAAGCCGCCGUACGGUGGUUGUGGAGAGAGGAAACUGCAAUAUUUCGAUAAAUAUUCUCGAAUAAAGUGUCUUCUUGAAUGCAUGACACAUACUGUGAUAGAAGCGUGUGGAUGUAGAUCUCCUGCCCUGCCCGGCAACGCAUCUGUGUGUGAUCCGAUCACUAUAGGAACUUGCGCGAAUGCUGUGUUCGAAGAGAUAACUAGCACACACCACGCAGAACUUUGUCAAUGCCCCAUGAACUGUGAGGAAAGGGAUUUCCCCGUUUCUGUUUCAACGGCCAAGUACCCGUCAGCCUUUCGGGCCGGUCUCCUUGAAAAGUACAUCAGUGAAGGCCUGCUGGACAACAUCAGUUUUAAGUCUGCAAAUUUGUCGGUCAUUGAGCAGAACUUUGUGGCUGUCAAUAUUUAUUUCAGUGAUAUCAGUACGACGGUAGUGACCCACCGACCCGCCUAUACAGUCUCCUCCUUCAUAGCUGACAUAGGGGGCUCUCUUGGUCUAUUUCUCGGCGGUAGUCUUCUAACAAUAUAUGAAAUAUUGGACCUCUGUGGACACUCCUUCUCCAGGAAACACUAGAGCCUGAUAUGAUACAGGAUACACAAACCCUUACCACCAGGUCGACGAUAGCCCGAGAGAAGAGACCGAACAUGAAGUUGCCAAUAUACCGAAUGGCCAAAACCAUUCGGUCUAGAGUCGGUUUUGCGGUGUGACUGACUCGGUAUGAGAAGCGGGAGAAGGGCGAUAUACAGGUUGAACGAGUCCUAUUAUUGGGGAGGGGAUGAUUGACGACAUUUUCUCCGGCAACAUUUACAUCGAACUUAUUU